ACCACAAAGAUUCUAUUCAUGAGCUCUGUGUACAUCUCAUUAAAUGGCUCCAGUUGCAAAACCAGAAAAGUGCAGAGAGGACAAGAAUCAAGCGAAAGGCAUUUUUGAUCAAAGGCUUUUGGUCUUGGAGCAGAAGCAAACUAUCUACUGAAUUUAACUUACAGAGAUGAUUCAGUAUUAGUAUGGAGAAGUUGAAGCAGCAAUACUACUACACAUUUCUACUGAAAGAUUCACCAUGAUCAAGUUCAAUGGCUCAGUCUUCAUGCCUUCUGUCCUAACACUAGUGGGGAUCCCUGGCCUGGAGUCAGUGCAGUGCUGGAUUGGAAUUCCAUUCUGUGUCAUGUACAUUAUUGCUAUGAUUGGGAACUCCCUAAUUUUAGUUAUAAUCAAAAGUGAAAAGAGCCUCCACAUACCCAUGUAUAUUUUCUUGGCCAUUUUGGCAGUCACAGACAUUGCCCUUAGCACAUGCAUUCUUCCCAAAAUGUUGGGUAUCUUCUGGUUUCACAUGCCACAGAUUUCCUUUGAUGCCUGCCUGCUGCAGAUGGAACUCAUCCACUCAUUCCAGGCAACAGAAUCAGGCAUCCUCCUGGCCAUGGCUCUGGAUCGUUAUGUGGCCAUCUGCAACCCCCUGAGACAUGCGACUAUCUUCUCUCCACAACUCAUGACUUGCCUUGGAGCUGGUGUCCUACUCAGGUCUCUCAUUCUCACAUUCCCAAUGAUACUGCUCAUCAAAUGUCGCCUAAAGUACUACAGAACUACUGUUAUCUCCCACUCUUACUGUGAACACAUGGCCAUUGUGAAAUUGGCAGCUCAAGAUAUCAGAAUCAACAAGAUAUGUGGCCUCCUUGUUGCCUUUGCGAUCUUAGGGUUUGACAUAGUCUUCAUUGCCUUCUCCUAUGUGCGAAUCUUCAUCACAGUCUUCCAGCUGCCUCAGAAGGAGGCUCGAUUCAAAGCCUUCAAUACCUGCAUUGCUCACAUCUGUGUCUUCCUACAAUUCUACCUUCUGGGCUUCUUCUCCUUCUUUACACACAGGUUUGGGGCUCACAUACCCUCCUAUGUGCAUAUCCUCCUGUCAGAUCUUUACCUGCUAGUCCCACCUUUUCUAAAUCCCAUUGUCUAUGGUGUUAAAACUAAACAAAUCCGUGACCAGGUCCUGAAAAUGCUUUUCUCCAAGAAACCUCUGUGAACAUUAGUGACUCCCUCUGUUUCAAUGUUGUGUGCUUUCUAAUUAGAACUUGAAUAAGUUAAACUCUAAGUCUUCUACAAAUAGGAAAGUGUGAGAUAGCAUGUGAAUUUCACAUACUCAAUAUUUAAUUAACUAUGAGUUAAAUAAAACAACUUUGUUUAU